AAUUUUUAAUUUCUUUAUUUUUCCUGUUCAGAACGAGCCAUGUCUUCUCUUUGACAGAUGCCAGUGUGAAUCAGUGAAAUGGGAGCCUCGGGGAAAAUGUUUUCUACUUAACUUGACUCUCACUCUCAGGUGUGUUUUUACACGCCUUGUUCACUGUCUGCGCCUCUCAACACAGACUCUCGAAUCCUGCAGACAAAAGAAUGCAAUUUCAACUGACCUUUUUUCUGCACCUUGGGUUGCUCAGUUAUGCGAAGGCUCAAGAUGAAUGCCAUAGGGGUGCCUGUCAUCCCACCACUGGCAAUCUCUUAGUGGGCCGCGGUGCACAGCUCACGGCUUCUUCUACCUGUGGGCUGGAUGGAGCCCAGAAAUAUUGCAUCCUCAGCUACCUCGAGGGGGAACAAAAAUGCUUCAUCUGUGACUCCAGAUUUCCAUAUGAUCCAUACGCCCAACCCAACAGCCACAGCAUUGAGAACGUAAUUACAAGUUUUGAACCAGAUAGAGAAAAGAAAUGGUGGCAAUCUGAAAAUGGUCUUGAUCAUGUCAGCAUCAGAUUGGACCUAGAGGCAUUAUUUCAGUUCAGCCACCUGAUUCUGACCUUUAAGACUUUUCGACCUGCUGCAAUGUUAGUUGAACGCUCCACAGACUACGGACACACCUGGAAAGUGUUAAAAUAUUUUUCAAAGGACUGUGCUGCUUCCUUUCCCAACGUCACAUCUGGCCAGGCCCGGGGAGUGGGAGACCUUGUUUGUGACUCCAAAUAUUCGGAUAUUGAACCCUCAACUGGUGGUGAGGUUGUUUUAAAAGUUUUGGAUCCCAGCUUUGAAAUAGAAGACCCUUACAGCCCCCACAUCCAGGACCUUGUGACAUUAACAAAUCUGAGGAUAAACUUUACCAAACUCCAUACCCUUGGGGACACCUUGCUUGGAAGGAGGGAAAAUGAUUCCCUCGAUAAAUACUACUAUGCUUUGUAUGAGAUGGUGGUUCGGGGAAGCUGUUUUUGCAAUGGCCACGCUAGUGAAUGUGGCCCGAUGCAGACGGUGAGGGGAGAUGUUUUCAGCCCUCCAGGAAUGGUUCACGGGCAUUGUGUCUGUCAGCACAAUACCGACGGCCCCAACUGUGAGAGGUGCAAGGACUUCUUCCAGGACGCUCCGUGGAGGCCAGCCGCAGGCCUCCAGGACAGCACUUGCAGAGCUUGCAGCUGUAACGGCCACUCGGACCGCUGUCACUUCAACAGCACCGUGUACCUGGCGAGCGGUGGCCUCAGCGGGGGCGUGUGCGAAGACUGCCAGCACAACACCGAGGGGCAACAUUGCCAUCGCUGCAGACCCCUUUUCUACAGGGACCCCCUCAAGGCCAUCUCGGAUCCCUACGCGUGCAUCCCUUGUGAAUGUGAUCCUGACGGGACCAUAUCGGGUGGCAUUUGCGUGAGCCACUCUGACCCUGCCGUGGGGUCUGUGGCCGGCCAGUGCUUGUGUAAGGACAACGUGCAAGGAGCCAAGUGCGACCAGUGCCAGCCCAACCACUACGGACUGAGCGCCGCCGACCCCCGGGGCUGUCAGCCCUGCGACUGUCACCCACACGGGAGUCUGCCACUCUCGCCCUGCGAUGUGGAUACAGGCCAAUGCUUGUGCCAGCCGUCUGCCACCGGACCACGCUGUGAUGAAUGCGCUGUUGGAUACUGGGGGCUGGAAAAUCUCCUCCACGGAUGUUCUCCCUGCGACUGUGAUAUUGGAGGGGCCUAUUCGAACGUGUGCUCACCCAAGGACGGGCAGUGUGAAUGCCGCCCGCACAUCACUGGCCGCAGCUGCACUGAACCAGCCCCCGGCUACUUCUUUGCUCCUUUGAACUUCUAUCUCUAUGAGGCAGAGGAAGCCACGCCACUGCAAGGACUUGCGCCCUUGAUAUUAGCAACAGCUUUGCCUACAUGUGAUGUGUAUUUCCGGCAACAAGGAAAUGAUUUCAUAAUUGACAAAGGAAACAUAAUACUGAAGAGAAAUCAGAAACAAAGCCUACGUGCAGACAAGCCGAGUGAGGGCUCGGCGACUUUCGGCCAGGUGCCUGCUGAUCAUGGUGUUUUCCCAGAGCCGGUUCCUGGGAGCCCUGUUACCUGGACUGGGCCUGGAUUUGCCAGGGUUCUCCCUGGGGCUGGCUUGAGAUUUACCGUCAACAACAUUCCCUCUGCCAUGGACUUCGCUGUUGCCAUUCGCUAUGAAACUCAGUCCGCAGAUGACUGGGCUGUCCAGAUCAUGGUCAACCCCCCUGGAGGGAGCAAGCACUGUACACGCAAGACCCCAUGGCCGAAGCCUCAGUCUUUUGCCUUACCAGCAGCUUCCAGAAUCGUGCUGCUUCCCACACCCAUCUGUUUAGAACCAGAUGUACAAUAUUCCAUAGAUGUCUACUUUUCCCAGCCUUUGGAAGGAAGGUCCCACGCUCAUUCACACAUCCUAGUUGACUCUCUUGGUCUUAUUCCCCAAAUCAAUUCACUGGAGAAUUUCUGCAGCGAGCAGGAUUUAGAUGAAUAUCAGCUGCACAACUGUGUUGAAAUUGCCUCAGAAGCAAGACCUCGGGUGCUCCCUUCUGCGUGUGAAAGGCUCAUAGUCAGCAUGUCUGCCAGGCUGCACGAGGGGGCAGUGGCCUGCAAGUGUCACCCCCAGGGCUCAGUGGGGCCCAGCUGCAGCCGACUUGGAGGCCAGUGCCAGUGUAAGCCUCAUGUGGCCGGGCGCUGCUGUGACAGGUGCUCAGCAGGAAGCUACGGUUUGGGGCAUCAUGGCUGUCACUCAUGUCACUGCCACCCUGAAGGCUCAAAGAGCAUUGUGUGUGACCAAAUAACAGGACAGUGCCCCUGCCAGGGAGAGGUGGCUGGCCGCCGCUGCGAUCGAUGCCUGGCGGGCUAUUUUGGAUUCCCCAACUGCCGUCCUUGCCUUUGCAAUGGGUUCGCUGAACUUUGUGAUCCAGAGACAGGGUCGUGCUUCAACUGCGGAGGUUUUACAACUGGAAGAAACUGUGAAAGGUGCAUCGAUGGGUACUAUGGAAAUCCUUCUUCAGGACAGUCCUGCCGUCCUUGCCCGUGUCCCGAUGUUCCCUCUAGCAAUCAGUAUUUUGCCCAUUCCUGUUAUCAGAAUCCUUGGGGCUCAGAUGUAAUCUGCGAUUGUCUUCAAGGUUAUACAGGUAAGCAGUGUGAAGAAUGCUCUGCUGGUUUCUACGGAAAUCCAAGAAUUUCCGGAGCACCUUGCCGGCCGUGUGCCUGCAACAACAACAUUGAUCUAAGUGAUCCAGAUUCCUGUAGCCGGGUGACAGGGGAGUGCCUCAGAUGUCUGCACAACACUCAUGGACCCAACUGCCAGCUCUGCAAACCGGGUCACUUUGGAUCGGCCAUCAAUCAGACCUGCAGAAGAUGCUCCUGCCAUCCUUCCGGCGUGAAUCCUGCUGAGUGUCCCCCUGACCAGGGAGCUUGCCUCUGUGACCCUGACACUGGCACAUGCCCUUGUCUGCCUAACGUCACAGGCCAGGCCUGUGACCAUUGUGCUGAUGGAUACUGGAAUCUGAUCCCCGGCAGAGGAUGUCAGCCAUGUGAUUGUGACCCCCAGACCUCUCACAGCAGGCACUGUGACCAGGUUAUGGGCCAGUGUCUGUGUAAAUUAGGCUAUGAUGGGAAACGCUGCAGUGAGUGCAAGGAAAAUUAUUACGGUGACCCACAGGGGCGAUGCAUUCCAUGUGACUGCAACCAGGAAGGUACCCAGAAGCCCGUCUGUGACCAGGCCACGGGCAUGUGCCGCUGCCGGGAGGGUGUUAGCGGCCCACGAUGUGAUCGCUGUGCCCGGGGUCACAACCAGGAAUUCCCUGCUUGUCUUCCGUGUCACUCGUGCUUUCAUCAAUGGGACCACACCAUUUCUUCCCUCUCCAAAGCGGUGCAAGGGUUAAUUAGGCUGGCUGCUACCAUGGAUGAUAAAAGAGAGACCCUGCCUGCCUGUGAGGCCGACUUCAAAGACCUCACAGAGAACAUGUCCGAAAUAGAAAGGAUUUUGAAACAUCCUGUUUUCUCAUCUGGGGAAUUCUUAAAAGUCAAGGAUUAUCAUGACUCCGUUCGGAAACAAAUCGAGCAGCUAAGUGGGCAGCUGAAAACAGUGUAUGAGUUUCAAGAUCUGAAAGAAACAACAGAAAGAAUGAGGAACGAAGCAGACCUCUUACUUGCAGAUCUGCAGGAAGAAAUUGAUUUGCGCUCUGGUGCCCGUAAUGCAAGCAUCGUGGAUUCCUUAGAGAGCAUCAAGAAAUAUUAUCAGAGUUCAUCAUAUGCUGAAAAGGAAACUAAUGAAACUACUCUCAUCAUAAAUAACUCCGAAAAAACCAGGAAUGACUUACUUACCAACUUAGAUACACUAACCUCAAAAGGAAACUUGUCACGGGAAAAAUUAAAGCAGAUUAAGAUACCAGAUAUCCAAAUAUUGAAUGAAAAGGUGUGUGGAGAACGAGGGGGUGCACCGUGUGUGGUCUCAGCUUGUGGUGACCCCCGCUGUCACGGCUCCCUGACCCUCUCCAGGGACGCUCUCCAGAAAGCUCAGGAAGCAGAGUCCACGACUCAUAAUUUGAGCAAUCAGUUUCAAGGGUUGAAGAAUCAGAUCAAAAAUAUAAGUAAACUGGCAGAAGUCUCCAAGAACAAUGCCUUACAGCUAAGUGAGAAACUGAGGAAUAUGAAAAACCAAAGUGAAUCUGAAGAAGAAAAACUGAAUCUUUUAAUCAAAAAACUGAAAAAGUUUUUGUUAGAGGAAAACGUGCCUCCAGAGGACAUAGAGAAGGUUGCAAAUCGUGUACUCGACAUCCGCCUACCAGUAACAUCACAAAAUCUAACCCAUGAACUUGACAAAAUACGGAAACUUACACAACUCUGUGAGGACUACAGGGCAGACGAGAACAGGCUAAAUAAAGCAGCAGAGGGAGCCCGAAAGGUUUUGGUGAAGGCAAAAGGAGCCAAAAAAGCAGCCCAUGUUCUGUUAAAUCUCGACAAAAUGUCGCAUACGUUGCAACAAGUUCGAAUCACUCAAGGACGGGCAAAUUCCACCAUCACACAGCUGACGGCCGAGAUAACAAAAUUAAAAAAGAAUGUGCUGCAGGCUGAAAAUCAAGCCAAGGAGACUAAGAAUGAGCUGCACUUAGCGAAGCAACAGUCAGCCUUAGAGGAUGGACUUUCCCAGCUGUGGACCAAGUUACAAAGGAAUCAAGACCAAGCCAGCCAUGUGAAAGCUCAGGCGGAGUCAGCCCGACGCCAGGCUGGGGGCCUUGAGGAGGAGUUUGUUGAGCUAAAACAUCAAUAUGCUGUUCUUCAACGUAAGACAAGCGCUACAGGACUGACAAAGGAAACAGUAGGAAAAGUGAAACAGCUAAAAGAUGCUGCAGAAAAAUUGGCUGGAGAUGCAGAGGACAAGAUAAGAAGAAUAACAGAUUUAGAAAAGAAGAUCCAAGAUUUGAAUCUAAGUAGACAAGAAAAAGCUGAUCAACUGAAACAGUUGGAAGAUCAAGUCAUUGCCAUUAAAAAUGAAAUUGUUGUGCAAGAAAAUAAAUAUGCUACCUGCUAUAGUUAGGCAGAGUUAGAGUGCAAAAUCACCUCUUCCUUCUUUUCUGGCUUCUGAUGAGCGGACCUGGGGAGCUGUGCGGGACUUGGGAAGCACUAAUGGUCAGCCUCUUCUGCCUCCUUCCCCGAGGUCUCUCCUUGCUGUAGAUCUGCCCAGUGUGGCUGGGAGUGGAACUGGGCCAAGGAAAGGCCGCUUCAUUUGGAAGAGAAGGGGGAGUAAAGAGGUUGUCUCUGGUUUCAGAAACCUUUCCUCUUGCCUUCCUUUCCUUUCAUCACCUAAAAAUAAUUAGUUACAUAUGACAAGUACAAAUCUAAGUUAGUAUUCUAUAUACUAAUACUCAUUUCAGUCAAAUAAACCUAAACAUUAAAUAAGUUGCGAGCAGCUGGGGAGGGGAGAAAUGGGAAGUUACUAAUCGAUGGGCAUAAAGUUCCAGUUAAGCAAGAUGAAUAAGUUCUAGAGAUCUAUCCAACAUUGUUCCUACUGCCAACAGUACUAUACUGUGUCCUGAAAAUUGUGUUAAGAGGGUAGAUCUCAUAUUAAAUGUUCUUACCGCAGUAAAAUAAAUAUAUAAAUUUAAAUGAAUUAAACUAAAGUAAAUAAAUAUCUCAUACUAGGAUGGAAUAAGUAUGGAUGGAAUGCACUAGAUUGUUCUAUAUUUUAUUUUUAUUUGGAUUCACUUUAUCUGUAAAACUAUUCUAUUUGGAAUGGAAUGCAUACAAUUCAGAAUGUAACUUGUUUUUACACCCACUUUCCUGUGUGUUGAUGCUCCCAACCAAAGGAUUCUGUUUUCCCCAAAUGGCACUACUUUUCAUAAUUUGUCUGCGGGCUGUUUUGCUGUAAAAUCUGCUACUUAUUUUUAAAAGACUAGCAGUUGUGUUGUUGUUGUUGAUUUCAAGAUGUCUUAUUUCAUCUUGAAAUUGUCUUAUUUCAAGGUGGUCUAUGAUUUCACAGUAAUUUUUGUUGCAUGUAUGAUAUGUAAUAGAGCACAUUGCUUCUGUUGGUGACAGCUAUCCAUCAGAGGGGUUUUAAGGGAAUUUGGCCCCACGUUUUCAAAUAAGAAAUAAUAUACAUCAACAUUGAUGUAUGAAGGAGGAAAAGCAGCUGGAGCCAUGUCUCUUAAGGACUGACUCAUUAAAAAUGGAUUUAAAAAUUCAACAAAGAGGCUUUAGGGUUACACAUAAAUAUGAAAUUUCUUAAAAUGUAGGUUAAUAAGGAAAAUUGCAGUUUCCCUGGAGAUCCUGAAGAACAGAAUGAAACUUUUCCACGGGAAGAACCACCCAGAAAUCUCUCUUGAAAUAUGAUUGUAAUGCUGCACAUAUCCAGCACUUAAGACUUUUGGAAACCUCCACCAACAAAUGGCACACAGAAAGAACCAGAGAGUCGAAAAAUAUAGCUGUCACGAAAUCUAAGUUGUUUACUGCAUCGUAGAGCGUGGAACGCCCUUCAGCUUUUCCACCAGGAUGCUGACUUUCAACUCUGUACAAAUGAUAGGCUUAAUUUUACAAGCAUGGUUAUCUGUUUGCAAUAGCAGCAGUCGAUUGUUCCACCUUUUCAGUGCCCAGAGACUAUACAAGUAACAGGCCAGAGAGUGUGGACAGGGUCAAAGAGGAAAGAGUUUCUGUCCUCUGACUGGGAGGCUGUUGAGUUCUGGAGAAAGAGAAAAUUCCCAAGCCAUGAGGAAAGCACAGUAAUCUGGGGAAUCGAGAACAAGAUAAACCCAUCAUGUCUGUGGGCCUCCAGGGGCUGCAGUUGGAUGAGGUUAGGAAGUAUUUGAUGGACUUUGGAAACAUUGCAAUUAAAACUGGUUUUGCUUUCUAAACUUUGGUGUUGAGAAUAAUAAACUUUGGUUAUCUUUUUAAAAAUG